CUGAAGAGGAUUAAUUCAUUUAGCCACAGUAAGUGGUGGCACGGGCUGGAAAGUGUUCCAGAAGUGGUGCGCCCAGCACGGAAGGGGGUGAUUUUCCUCCCACCCACUCGUACAACGUCAGUUGCCGAUUCUUGGAUAAGCUUUUGGAAGUACAGUAGUUGUGAGCGAGGGGUUGGUGUUGGUGUGUCGGACGGAAGUUUCAUUCUGGAAGGAUAUCAUCGUUCAGGUGAUAGUAACUGGAUUUCGGCCGUGGGGAAGGUGGUGUUUUGGAAUUAGUUUCACUUCCAAUAGGAAGUGGAGAAAAAAAUGACGGUGACUAAUUACAUUCGUCUGGUUUGGUUAUAGUUUAAUUUGAUAGUAAAUUGCUUUCGGGAAGGCAUAGUGAAAAAAGGAAGAAACUAAAGCUGGAUUUUCCUUCGUUUAUUUGACUCGGUUCAAUUUCAUGACUAGCAUCAAGUAAUGAAAUAGCUACGGUUUCUUCAGAAGUGUGGUAUACAUUGUUACCAGAUAACAGUGAUCAUAAGUUGUAUUUUAUCAGCGGUCAUACCGAGCGUCUUGGUACUGUUUUGUCGAGGUUGUUUGGGGAUCUCUCAUAUUCAAAAGCGGAAGUGAAAGCUUGUGAAGUAAAAUUGCCAGAAUGCGAUCUCAUGUUAUAUGUAUCUCUGUUGUUGUGAGUCCCGACAAUCACAAUGUGAACAAGUGUAAGUGGAGGAAUUCGUCUUGAAGAAGGUGGCUGGAAAGUAAAAUACACCUCAGUUUUCCUCAUGACUGCAGCACCGUAGAUGAUUCGUUGUUGAGUAAUGUUAUUGCCGCAGGAAAAUAAGCCAUUCUCAUAAAAAAUACUGGAUAUAAACACAAGAUUUACCCUCUCCAAAUUACCAGUGCAGUGGUUGAGCGACAAGUAUAAGCUCUCGCAUGGUGAUUGCGUGCUGACUGAAUACGUAGAUUCGUGUUUUUGGGGUCUGUUGGGAACAACGGACGGUGCCUACUUUUGAGCUCGUAAAAUGCUGCUACCGUGACAGUUACGAUUGCAAUUAUAAUUAUAAUUUCCAUCAGCGCACAAAAAAGUGGAAAACAAAAAAGUUCAGUGCUGCUUUCGUGACGAAUACUGGAAGUAAUUAAAAUGUUGCUUGGAAAAUUUUAAUUUACGUCCUCAGUGCAGUAAGCGACUCUUCGCCUGAGCCUGUAGUGGAAUUUACCGGAAAAACGUUUUGUGGUGGGGGACAUUGCGUGCGAGUUUUAAAACGUUUACGUUGCUGUGUGCAGUGCGCUAUGAAAAUGAAGGAUUGUAAUUGUAGUCUUUCUCCUCAAGCGGAUCACAACAGUGAAGAAAAUUUCCAGUAAAGGAUAACCUGAUCAUAAGAUCAUCAACCCUCAUCAGCCCUAAACCAAGCCCCACCGAUGGACCAACAAAACGCUGACCAACCUGCCUAACGUGUUUCCCUGUACAAACCGGGGCAACAUUCGCUGAUUUAAUUAUUUCGCCCCUGCUGGAUGUGUAGUGAGGGUGGUAAUCAUCCCAGUGAGGCGUGUGCUUAGGAUAGAACGGGAACGUUAAACAAACAUAAUUAACCUUCAACCCGUUCGUUGUGCAAACUCGUACAAACUCGACCGGGUGGAGGAGCGUUUGUUGAACAGCCGGGUCAGCCAAAGUGAAACAUAAAUGAAAUAUUCUUAGGAAAAUAACAGUCGAAACAGCCCAGACAGGUGUACUGUACGUGGGUGGUUCUAGAAUUCAAACAUAUUUCUCGGAUGCUUGCACUGUUUCGGCGAAGAAAAUCUUGAAAAAUGCUCGGCAAGUUCGACAUGUGAAAGUAGAAGCCACUGGUGAGAUCAUCCUUCGUGGGAAUGUGGAAAGAAACCAUGAAUAAAUGAUUUUAAUGAAAAAUAAACAACUGUGCAGAAAGCUGAAGGUAGCGAAGAGACUCAUCGUCACCAGGCUGAAUGAAUAAUACGCCAACAGAAAAUAUGCAAACUCGAGAAGUUUAAACUGAGGAUAAAUAAAUUUCAACGGUGUAUUUGUACGCGCUGCUAAUUAGUAUCAAUGGUAAUUUGUUGUACAAUAAAUAGUGGAAAAAUCGCUGUUCAGUGUUGGUAUUUUGAUUCAUAGCUAUCUCAGUGAAUAAUUCGUCGCACAACUGUGGACAACUCAACGGAACAAAACCGAAAAUGUGGCUGUUUGCGUUCUCACUCAUCGUCGUCGUGUGCGCAGCUAAAUGCACUGAUGCCGACGUGUCUGUUGAAGCUGCUUUUCAAGGACGUUGUGGCCAUGGUAGCCCUUGCGAACAACUCUGCUAUGAAUUGCACGACGGAAUGUACGAGUGCGACUGCACCGAAGGAUUCGAGCUGGACAAAAAUGGAUACAGUUGCCAAGAAAUCAACUCCACAACGACCGACGAAAACAUGUCUGCGGUAGAGGAGGACGUCCUGUAUCAGCGAGGUGCCUCGUUCAGUGCCAAGCUGGACAUGUCCGACCUGCACAUAUCGAUGAAAACCUUCGACGACGGCGACGACGAGGACGGCGAAGGCAGCAUGAAGCCAAUAAAUCUCAACGCACUCGACAGCACUUUGUCGCUGAGAAAAGCUAAUCAUAAUUGGAAAACGAACAGCUCGAAAUUGGCCACGUCAAAAUCGUCCGGCAGUGGCAGUGGCCGCGGGCAAACCAAUUCCGCUAAUAGCAGCAAUAACGGCGACCAAAAGAGACCAAUCGUCACUGGUGCCACUGCUGGCAGAAGUAAAAGCGAUAGUAGUGGCACUAGCUCCAGGUCAGUUCAUAUGGAAAUCACCGACGACAUCUCAUUACAUAUGCAGGACGCAGACGGAAGCAAUCCCGGUGAAAUAAAAGCUCUCGCGCUGACGGCUUUCGAGGAUGACUUUGACGGUGGCAAGGUAGUAGCUUCCGUUUCACCACCUGCCACGAGUGAGGAAAGUUCGACAUCGUCAGCUUCUACUCUGGGAUCGACACCCGUCGUGACAAGGGAGCCAUGUACGCUGGAUUGCGGCUAUGAAGGGAUCUGCAGCAACGGCGAAAGUGGGCAGCAACAGCGGUGUCUUUGUCCUUUCGGCAAAUCCGGUCCCCGGUGUGAAGAUGAUUCUCGAAUCAACACACCACGCUUCAACCAGCAUUCGUGGCUUGCUUUUCCGGCACUGCGGGGAGCCUAUAAACACGUCCAGCUUCACAUCGAGUUUCGACCGGAAUCGUUUGAUGGCAUCCUGCUGCUGACGGGUGAGAAAGACGAUCUAACGGGCGACUUCAUGGCAUUGCUGAUUCACCAAGGAUUUGUGGAGUUUUGGUUCGAUUGCGGCUCCGGAACGGGACGUGUGCGUUCGGAAGAAACGAUUGUCUUGAAUCAGUGGAAUACCAUCACAAUCUAUCGGCAUCGUUGGGAUGCCUGGCUGGUGCUGAACCAAGGCAACCGAGUGCAGGGACGCUCCAAGGGACUCUUCUCUCGGAUCACUUUCCGGGAGCCGGUAUUUCUCGGAGGAUUUGGCAACAUCACCGGCCUGGAUAAGAAGCUUCCCGUCAGCAAUGGCUUUACCGGCUGCAUACGAAAGUUUGUCGCCAACGAGCACGACUACAACUUCCAACCGCUCGGUGACGUUUCCCGGGGUUUUGAUAUCCAGGAAUGUGUCACCGAUCGGUGCAGCCGGUAUCCCUGUCAGCAUGGGGGAAAGUGUCUACCCUCGGAUGAUGGUGCAAUCUGUCUCUGUCCGCUGGGAUUUGGCGGUGAUUUAUGCGAGAUGAGACUGGAUCUGCAGGUACCUUCAUUUAAUGGAUCAUCUUAUCUGCGGUUUGCGCCACUAGGGGAUAGUUGCAUCAUUUGGUUUGAACUUAAGAUUAUCAUCAAACCCUUGCUGGAGGACGGGCUGCUGCUCUACAGUGGCCAUCACGAGUACGGGGACUACAUCUCUCUCUGCCUGAACAUGGGCUACGUGGAGUUUACUUUCGAUCUUGGAAGCGGCCCAGCCACGGUGAGGAGCGAGUUUCCGUUGACAAUGGGGCAAUGGCAUACAAUCAAAAUUUCAAGGACAUCCCGAUUAGCAGUUUUGAAGAUCGAUCAACUGCCAGAGGUGAUGACGGUUUCGCCGAACGGAUUCUGGCAUCUUUCGCUGCCGCACAGCUUGUACCUGGGUGGGGUGCACAACAUCCACACGCUGCCAAUGAGCCUCAGGGAUAAAGGUUCCUUCGCCGGGUGUGUACAGAAGGUGGACAUUAACGAUCGCACAAUUUCCAUCAUCUCGGAGGCUCUCGGUGGUUCGAAUGUGGAAAACUGCCCGCACGCUUGCGUAGCUCGGCCUUGUGGACCAUUGGCCAAAUGCGUCCCCAAUUUGGACAGCUACGAGUGCCAAUGCAAUCCGCAGAACAAGCAGUGUAACCAAGCGGAAGAGCUGCCCACGGAAGUGAUUGAGCAACGCCAACGGUUACUGAAGCAACAUCAGGUGCACCUUCGGAGCCAGGAUUUGGUGCAAGAGCAGCAGCUGGAAGAUGAUGACUACACAACGACUACGAUGGUUCCAUCGACCAAAGGUGUUGGUGGUAAAGGGGAGACGGGCAGUGGGGAGGAUGAUUACUAUUAUUAUGAGUAUGAUGAUGAGAGCCAAGAAAGCAAUGGGCAAGCUAAUGAGAAUAGCGGUCGUGUGAAAGAUAAUGAAAAAAUAAUCGUAAGGGCGGAACGACAACAAGCGGAACCGGCCAAUAGUGGUGUCAUCGAUGAUGGCUACCGGGACGGUGAGCGAAAGGGUCAACUUCCGGGCGAUAAUAUGAGUUCAAAUGGUGACGACGACAUCGACGACAAAAAUUAUGAUGGAACGGGAUAUCUGGUUCAGGAUGACGAUGUAGAUGGCGGAAACGCUGGUGGUGGUCGGGAGUAUGGUAACACAGAUGAUGGUGAUGAUGAUGAACAUAAAUAUCGUUAUGGCACUGGUUCGCUAUCAUCAUCAAAGAAAGCGAAUCGAUUUUUAAAGCAGAAAAAUAUUGGACUAGGAAAAAACUUUGCUGAAAAAUCGAGGGCUCCCGAGUAUGGGGUGGCCAUAAAACAGCAGGGUGGAAAAGUGAGCGAUGCUUCCACCACAAACAUAGAUAAUGGUUUGGAUAGCGAAACCACAGAUGAUGAUUCGCAAGAUGAAAGCAACGGUUUCAGUGGCUCAAACGAUGAAUAUAAUAAGGAUUAUGAUCAAAACGGUGACAGAAUACCGUAUCGUCCUGAUCUAGUGAAAAAGGCGGGAAAUGAGCCAAGGAUGAGAGCUCAUAGCAAGCAGACGGAACGUGAGCCUGACAUUGAUGAAAUAUUAAUCGAAGAGAUGCAUAGAAUAAUGAAAAAUAAAGACGACGGGUACGAAAGUGAUGAUGUGUCCGAUGGUGGCCCUGAGGUUUGGGAUUUCGCCUUGGACGACGAGGAAAUCAGGCACGCGGGCACCGUGAUGGGUGGGGUCGGCAACAGCCUGGGUGACGAUAACGAAAAUGGUAUUGAUGUCACUCGCGAUGCGCCCGACGACGAGAGAAAAGAAAACAAUCAACUUCGUGAUAAAAAUACGAACCUUAGCAAGGGUGCAACGAAAAUGACAUCCAGUAGUAGUGGGGCCAGUGCUAGGAGCAGCAGUACAAACAACGACCGGCAACACCCGAAGCACGCGGAUGGGGAGGACGGAGUGUCUCGCAGCGUCAAGUACAAGAACAAAUACUACCGACGGUAUCAGGGGGCGUGUUUCACCGGCACGGAAAGUUUCUUUCAUUACAGUGACGCGGAGACUAUGCGCCGGGUGAUCAGCUAUGAAAUUGAUCUAAAUUUGCGGUUUAAAACGCAUUCGACGAGUGGGCUGAUACUGUGGACCGGGCGGCACAGCGCCCUCGAGGGAGAUGAUUUCCUCUCGCUGGGCGUCGAGAAUGGGUUCCUCCACCUCCGGUACAACCUGGGGUCAGGUGAGGUGAACAUCAAAUACAACUCAACGAAAGUCAGCGACGGGCUGUGGCAUCGUGUGCGGGCAUUGAGGAAUUCCCAGGAAGGCACGCUGAAGGUUGAUGGUGGAAAGCCCAUUACUCGGAGGUCCCCGGGCAAGCUGAGGCAGCUUAACACGGACACCGGGUUGUAUGUCGGUGGCCUACCGGCGGCAGCAUUCUACACCCGCCAGCGAUACUCGUCCGGUAUUGUGGGCUGCAUCUCGGAGCUGAUACUGGCCGGCGAGUUGAGGCUCAACUUUGACUCGACGAUACUGGGCACGGCACACAACGUGGAACCGGGCGCCCCAUGAAGGUAGAUUUAGGCGGCGAGUGUCACAACCAGCAGCCAGCAGCCGUCGUUGCCGCUGCUGCCGAUUGGGGAUAUCGCUAGAACUGCUACCGAUGCUACUACUAUUACUACUAAUAUUACGACUAGAGCAACAACGGCUACUGCUAUCACUACUAGGAGUAAUAUCAAUUGAAAACGUCCAUCAGCGAGUAGACAGGGGGAGAAAGGAAGGAUCCUGAAGGUGUGCGACGGUGUGUAGGUGGGAGCAAGUGGCGAACGUCGAAGUUGGCGAACGAAUGCAGACGAGGUGAUUUCUAUAGCACUGGAGUUCGGAUGACAACGGUUGUGGAUGUUUAGGGAUUCGAGUGUGAGAGUAACAUGGAAAGAGAGCGUUAAUACCGACAGAUAAACUAAGCGGAUACAUACACACCGAUUUAGACUAAAUGAAUUUUUUAUAUAAGAAUGAAAAACUAGGCUAACAAUUUAAAUGUAAGAACUAGGUACUGAGAAAUUGUAAUAUUAAUGUUGAAA